AUGCUGCCCCUGGGGCUGCUGCUGCCGGGCGGGGUCCGGCCCUUGCCCGGCCGGGGCUGCGCCCCCGAAGACGAGGAGCCCCCGCAGCAGAGGGACGAAGCCGAGCGGGAGGGCCGGCUGGACCACGCGGGGGCUCCGGGGGAUGAGGAUGAGGAUGGGGAGGCCCCCCGGCCGCUCACCCUGCUCGGCGCCGCCAGCACCAACAACGCCCUGCUGCUGAGGGCGCUCAUCCGACGGGGCCCCGCCCAGGCCGAGGUGCGGGACACUGACCGCAACAACAGGACUGCCCUUAUUGUUGCCUGCUACCAAGGGUUUGUGGAUAUUGUAAUUGCCUUAGCACAAUGUCCCCAUAUUGAUGUGAACUGGCAGGACAACGAAGGGAAUACAGCUCUGAUUACAGCGGCACAGGCAGGGCACAUAACCAUCACCAAUUACCUGUUGAACUAUUUUCCUGGCCUGGACCUUGAGAAGAGGAAUGCAUUUGGGUACACCGCUCUGAUGAAAGCUGCGAUGCAAGGUCGAACAGAGUGCAUCCGAGCCCUGAUGUUGGCUGGGGCGAAUAUUCAUGCGACCGACCCCAACCGUAAAAUGAACGCGUGGGAGUGGGCGUGUUUCACAGGCAGGUAUGAGGCGGCCUCCCUCAUUCGGAGAUUACUGGACCGGCCCUGCCCCGAGCAGCUUAGUGAGCGGUACAAGCCGGAGUGGCCCGGGACGAAGGAGACGACGGCCAAGGCGGUGGAACCCAAGAGCUGCUUGCAGAGGUUGUCGGACUGCGUGCGGGCCACGCUGUUCUCCCGCUACCCCCGGGAGCCCGCAGACGAGGGAGCCCUCGAUCACAUGGUCAGGAUGACGACGGGGCUAGGCAGCCCCUUCGUGGCGACGUCCUGUCAGACGGUGUGCCCAGAGAGCCCACCCUGCGUGGGGAAGCGACGGCUGGCGGUUCAGGAGAUCCUGCGGUGGCAAAGGGCCCAGGAAUUGCAAUCUGAGGAGAGGGAUCCAGUGAACAGCUACGAGAAGGUGUUUCCAAACUCCCGGGUCGUGGUGGUCCCCAAGAAGAAGGACAGGAGGGCCAGCCUCCAAGUUCUGCCCAGCGCAGCUUCCCAGGCGGGCCCGGCGGCCACCCGCAAGACAAGCCUCCUGCCCCUCCACCUAUUGAGGAGAAGCAGCGUGAGGCCAGGCUUUGUCAUCCCAAAGGUCCGGGUCAACAAGGCGCCCCCAGCCACCUUCCAGCCGGAGCACGACCGGAGGAAGAGCAGCAGCGGUCCUCAGAAUGGCACCUACCUCCAGAUUCCCAGGUGGAAGUACAAGGAGGUGAGGGAGGAGAGGAGAAAAGCAGAGGAGGAGGAGGAAAAGAAGAAAGCCGACCAAGCUCAGAAAGGGAAGCGCGCAUCCCUCAGGAGAAAGACUUGAAUCGGGGCGGAGUUCCUCUAAACCUUCCAGUGCUGGCUCCCAGGCUGUGUAUGUGCAGUCAGCUCAGGGAUCUGCCAAGUGGUGGCAUCAUUUCCAGCUGGCUCAGGGAGGAGAGGGAGGAGGAAGAGGUUUGGGGGAAGAGAAAAGGAGUCAGAAUGGAGGAAAGCAAGUAAAAGCCAUAAAUUGGCUGGUAGAAACUGAGGAGGAAAGGCCUUUUUUCCCCUCUGUUGCUCUUCAGCUGCUGAGACCUUCAGGCUCAGCUUGAGUGUCAUCUGCUCCAAGGCCCAAUCGAGACUGGAGCUAGACACUCCUUUUUUUAAUGUAUUUGAUAAAGCCUCUCCCUCUAUGUCAAAGCCAGGGGGGACGGGGAAGGAAUUUGUGGCCAUGCUUGACCCUGAACGUUUCAACAUAUGCACUAUUGGCAGCACUUUAUAUGACUGAUGUUGCAAUUAGAAAAAUGGCACUGUAAGAACAUUGAGUGGUAUUUAUUGAACACAUACUGUGUACAGGGCAAUCAAUCGUAUUUAUUGAGUGCUUACUAUGUGCAGAGCACUGUACUGAGCACCUGGGAGAGUACAGUACAACAGAAUUGAUAGACCCAUUCCCUGUGCACCACGAGCUUGUAGUGUAGAGGAGUUUCCUAAGUAUACCGAGACAUCCUCAGGUGUCUCUCUUCUCUCUACUUCCCUUUUCUCAUUCUCUUUUUGGGGAAAUCAGCCUACAUAAGAAACAAAAGCGACCGGGUCAUCAGGCUCAAUUCGUGGAGUGAUGGAGACAGCGAGGUGCUGGCCCCCGGAGCUCUUUGAACUAGACUCUUACAGUUGCUCAUCCCACGUCUCUGAAAAGAUCUGAGAGUUUCCAGUCAGGUCUGAACUGAUUCAAAAGAGUGGCAUUUUGGCCUGUUAGCUUUUUGAAAUAAUCUCCCCUUCCAGCCUUCAACACCCUUAAAAUCCCUGUAUGCUUUUUGCCCCCAGGCUCAAAAAUUAAGGUUGGCACCUCUGGGUCUGUCAAUCAGAUCUUACGAUUCUGGAGCUUCAGUUCUGGGCCAAUUGCCUGUCACUAGCUCCUACAGUGGGUAUAUCAUGGGUAAUUUUCUUUGACUAUCUGCUACGAGCUAGAAAUGCUUCUGAGAAGACCCAGUGACUAGUGAACUUAGGGAAACAUUAUGCAGGCCCCCUGAUUGUACCAGGCAGACCCAUUGGGAAGGAUGGUCAAAUGUAGCCAAGCUCCCUACCAGUGAUGGAACGUCCCUUUCUGGAAUAGCACAAGCUACGGCUUUCCACACGGAUGUCAGAGAGCUUUAUGGUUAAGUCUCAUUCUAAGAGUCCUGCCCAGGCCACUACAUAGAUUCAGCCCACAAGCAGACUCUUGAUCCUGAGCAGAUGCUGGACAUCAAAGUUGCUGGUAACGAAAUGCCCCGUAUUCCUUUCAACAUCCUAAGGCCUCCUGAAGAGAGAAUUUUAAACACUUAAUACAUCUUCUGCUGGCUGCAAAAGACAUUUUGGGUCAGAAUGCAGAUUGUGUUAGUGGUGCAUAAAACACUCAGUACCACUUAGGUAUUACUUUUACAUCGUCAAGCUACUAGCUUUGAACAAAACAAGCAUUCUGUUGUCAGACUGUUUGCCAAUUGCCUUUUUUCUUGAAAAUAUAUUUUAAUUGGUUAAAGGAAUACUUUUCUUUAAAAUCUGUGUUUGUGCUAAGGUAGAAUUAUUUGCAGAAAACAGAAAGCACUUAAAACAAUGGAAAUGUUAGCACUUCCGGGCAAUCACUUGUAGGCACCCACCUCUUCCAUUAAUGAUUUCUUGCGGUUUCCUUGGCUCUGAACUGAUUUAUUCUUGGUGACUGUAUUCAUUUUUGCCUCAUCAGUGCAGGUUUCACAGAUGCAGGAAUUGAAAUUUCCCAACCCGGACCAGGGGUUUGCAGCGUUUCCGCCCUUCCAUCGUCAUGGGAGCUAACUUUCCUUUUCCUUUGCUGCCUCUGAGAAGGAAAGCAGAGGCAAGGGACUGGAAGGGAGAAGUACAAAAGGCUUGCACAUCCAACAUUAUUUGCUGCCCGUUGUUUCCUUUGCUAGGAUAAGAUUUCCCCUUUGGCCAAUAACCUUCUCAAGUGGAGGUCUCCAAGCAUCAGCAUUGCAGAAAUCAUCUCAGCUGUUGAUGGCAUCAUACAAAUUGCAAAGUAAGGAGGGAGGUGGAAAGAGAAGUGUAGACUGGCGAUCUGACUUGUUGGCUAGAUGGGAAAACCUAGCCAUUAGAAUGACGAGACAAGAAUGAUGUCAAGAAAGCUUAUUUGAGAUCAAUGCCCUGAUGGUGGAGAGUGACUGCUCAUCCCUUCUUGGGCAGGGUUCUUAGAGAGGAAGCUGAUCCCAUUGUAUGGAGCAACAGUUCCUCUCUGUUGUUCCAUACAAUGCUGGAUUAUGGAUUUGGCAGUUAGCAGCAUGGGGCAGGUAUGGCAGGACAUCUAUAAUGUCCUUUCCUUUUUCUUCAUCUGCUUUGGGAAUUGAAGUUACCAAAGUUCUUACACCACUAAAUUUGCACCACUAAAUUCAUAAUGAAAAGACUUUAGAGUUGUCCACAAUUAAGCACUUUAUUUAACACUUCCAAUACUAGGAUAAAAGCAUCCCAGAAGAAAACAGGCAAAUGUGCUGUUUCUCUGGAGCCAUUCCCAACGGCGAUUGCCUAAGCCUCAGGGAUAUAGUAGCAGCCUUUGAAUUUGGAAAACAGAUCACCUGCUCAAACAGAUCACCUGUUCAAAUGGUCUGACCUUUGAGCCUUGUUGAUAUUUUUUGAUCUGAUAAUAUCGGUUAGAAGAUUAAAUAGCACAGCUGAAAAAUGGAGCAGUCUGGGAAAGGCAGGAGUUUGUGCUCUGCACUCGGCUUCCUUUGUUUCAAGUGUAAAGCCCAACCUUUUAAAUGCACUGGGUGUGUCGAAUGAGUAUUUCGUGAGAUGCAUCAGGGAGACUCCAAAAAAUGUGAGUCAUGUGUUAGCCUAUCUAAAAACUAAAAUCCUCAGCUUUGGGGUACAAUAUGAUUAUAAAAUCAAAUAUUCAAAGACCUAUUCAUGUUUCUCCUGAGAAGAAAAUAGUUGCUGGCCAAUUCUGAGAAGAAAAAAAAAAUCUUCAAGAAGUGUGGACAGAGGCUCCGUGUAGUUUUCUUCUCUGUGGAACUUUAAACCCAGGAGGGUGAUAGUUUUGGGAGGUGAUUUAAAGGAGAGCAUACGAAGGCAUUGCUUUCUCAUCUCUGUUUACUUCUGAGUCUGGGCUUUAUGAAGAAUAACCCUUGUUUGACUUAGCCAUCUUUCCAUUUUUUGCCUGAAUUGUAUGUCCCAUGAUGACAAUGGGUAUUUUUUGUACCUUUUCUCCAAUAUUUUAUUACCAAUGGAAAACGUACCUUGAAAAAUUCUAUUUCACAGCGAAUCACAUGCCAAAGUGUCCAUGCCAAUUCAUUCUUCUCUUGUUGCUAAUAUAUUUGAGAGAUUCCAGUGACACAAAGAGUUAUCUUGGGGCAUUUUCUCCCUCAGUUGGUCUGUUUCAAUACUACCUACAUGAAAGGACCUCUCCUUCUCAAGAAGUCACAUUCAUUCUUAAGGUGGGUCUGUUUUGCCCUAUCUCUGCACUUUCUACUUCGGAUUAGCUCAGGUACUUGUCUUAGCCAUGAAACUUCAAACUAUGCAACUCAACUUUUUUUUACGUGUUCUUUGAGGAUCCAGAUUCAAGUAACUGCAUCUGGCCAAGGAGAGGUAGUAAUGAAGAGUGCUCAAGUUCAAAAAUCCAGGUCCUGAAAAAGAGAUACAGCCCAACUUAGAAGUAGAAAAACGACAGCAUUAGUUCAGGGCAAAGUCAUGUAGUAACUUCACCCAUUAUAAAUUUCUUCCCAAAUGUGUUAGAUGUGUGAUGGCAUCUUGCCUGUCCAUUUCCUGGUGCAGUUGGUCGAUCACUCACAUCUGAGCUUGAACCAUAUGCUGGGCUCAGCUGCUUGUGCAUUGACAUUUGUGAAAAAUAGCCUGAGAGCCCCACUUCAAAUGAUGGACUUGAGAUUACAAACAUUAUUUAUGGGAUUUUGAAUCAGUACCUUGUGGCAAGGAAUAAAUGGAAUUAUUGAAAGCAGGUUUUUUCAACCCAUGAUAUUAGGAGUACUACUGGUUUUUCACAGCCCAAACCGUUGGGGUAGCUACUGUUGUAUUGUCUUUCCCAAGAAAGGAUGAUGAUCAUCUGUUGAAAGGAGCUGUUGGGCAUCUUGUAAUGCAAAUAGAUUUCUUGCUGUUAAAAUUGGCUCCAUUGUUCAAUCAUUGGUAUUUAUUGAGCUCUUGCUGUAUGCAGAGCAUGGUAUAGGCUCUUGAGAGAGAACAAUACA